AUAAGCUGUUAUUAUUUUUUACAAAGAACUUUGAAAGUAUUGAUUACAUUCUUUUUAGCGACUUGCAACAACUGUUUCGGUUAUUUACAAAGUUAGGUGCGGUUAACAAUUUAUUUCAAUUCGAAUUCAUUAUUUAGAAAAAAACGAACCAUCUUCAUAUUUAAAUGAUUACUUUUAUUAGGCGACAUAUAUUUAUUUUUUAUGAUAAGGAAACAUUUUUCUAAGGUCAUUGAAAGAAGCAUUUAUUUUUAUAAAAUUCAUCUCUUUCUGAACUUCGUCAACACAUUAGUAAUGUCAGUUUUGACAAAAAUGGUGCGUUGUGCGUUUGGUGCUUUCUUCACGUUUAACAAAUUAGUGUGAAGUUCUUCUGAUUAAAUGUGGUUUUGUGUUGAGAAUUUAGAUACAAACUGAAUGUAGCACUUAUAUGAGAUUGAAUGAAAGUGAUAUGUUUAUUGUUUACCAAAUAAAGCACUGUUUGUUAUCAACAAUGAUAGGCGUCUGGAUGCUAUAAGGGCGUUAAACUAAUAUAUUAUUAGUAUAAUAAUGGAAGGCCAGCCGCUGAAUUGUCCCCUUUGUUGCAAUGCUACAUUUAGUUCUAAACAGUCUUUGGUAGAACAUUUAUCAAAUUCUUUGAGUAUCAUAAGCUGCCCUCUCUGUAACCAUAAAAGUCCCUCCCUGCCACACCUUAUUGAUCAUUUGUCUCAAGAAAGCUGCCAGUCCGACAGUAAUGUACUAAAUAAUAUAAAUGUACAAAGUAUAAUAUUUGAGCACAGCACUGAGGACAAUAUUGAAAACUCUACAGAUAUAGGAAACUCUGAUAUUAAAGUAUAUGAAAAUGAAAUCAGCACCAAUUCAGAUCAUCAAUUAGAUGCAAAUGAAGCUAACAAAAUGUAUGUGGAACUGUUCACGAAACAGAUGAAACCAUGUUUAGAGACGAGAGAACUGAAGUUAAUAAAGGAGAAUGGAGAGAACCGUUACAUGAUCGUAACACAAGAUGAUGCGGACUUGAGCGCAGGAAACACUAUUGUUACUAAAAAUACUGACGGCACUAUAUCUUUGACUACUGUAAAAGACAUGGAGAUGGAGACAGAUGCUAUGAUGGCCACCGACACAAUGCCAGAUGAAACUCAGGAGGAGAUCUACAGCUGCAACACUUGCAAAGUGUCCUUCACCUCUGUCAUAGAACAUAUACAGAACUACCACAAUGAUCAGGAAGUUGUUGUAGAGUCUGAAUAUUUGCAGGAACCUAUCGAUCAAACCGAGAAUCAUACUGAGAGCACCCCUUUAGAUUAUGAGCCAAUGGACGGCGAAGACCCGUUGGUGACUCCGGAUAAACAGACUCCUCGACGCGUCAUCACCGACACUGGCGACAUAGUCGAAGAGCCGAUGCUGUUCAAAACUGAUGCCCAAAUCGUCACGGAUACUCUGGAUUUGGGUGCAGAUCACGAAACUAUCAAGGCGGAGCAGACGGAACAAGUUGGUGUUUUAACAAAACGAUACAUACAAGUCAACACGAUGUCCGGCGGCGUCAUCAAAGAUAUCGGCCAAGUGAAUGAGAAUGAAGAUGACAAAGACUCCACCAUCAUAGAACAUAAGGACAUUGUUGUCACAAGGCGCUACAUACCAGUCGACAAAGGCGCCUUAAAAGAUCCCAUACAGACUGAUGCGAAAGAUAAAAUAGGUCAGUUCCACAAGGUGGUUGUCAAAGAAGUUCCAACUGACUGCGGGUUCGCGCUCAAAACGUAUCAGUGCUUAGCUUGCGACAUUUCCGUCACUAAUUUGGAUGAAUUCAAAAUCCAUCCAUGUAAAAUAUUAAAAUAUCCGUGUCCCUAUUGUCCCGUGGCGUAUGAGAACUACAAAUCUCUCUGUGCUCAUAUGAAAGCACAUAAAGCUAAAACAGAGCAACAUGCCCUGCCUGUGUCAUACGAAUGUGGAAUAUGCAACACUGUGUUCCUGACAAACAAGUCCUUGAAACUACACAAACGAAUGCACGACCCUAUCAAGAGUCGUGCCAUAGAGCCUCCAGUAGAGAACACAGACGGUACCAAAGUAAGUAAAGCGACAUAUCGCUGUACUAUCUGCAACAAAAUGAUCCCCUGCGACUACAAGGCCAUACACCAGAACUCGCACAAGACUUCAGAGAAAAUGAACUGCGGCAUCUGCAAUAAGAAGUUCACGUCUUUGGAAUAUUUAGAAAUGCAUACCAGUGUACAUAAUGUGGAUAAAACUCCAAUAAACAACCAAGAUCAGAACCUGCCAUACAACUGUUUGUAUUGCAACAGAAGGUUCGCCAGGCCACACGAGAAAGUUAAACAUGAGAGGAUACAUACAGGAGAGAAGCCCCACUCGUGUGAGAUCUGUGGCAAGUCGUUCCGCGUGUCGUACUGUCUCACUCUACACAUGCGCACGCACACCGGCGCCAGGCCCUACGCCUGCCCACACUGCGGGAAGAGGUUCAAGGCGCACAGUGUAUACAACCACCACUUACUGACUCACUCUGAAGUCCGUGCUUACAAGUGCCCAUUCUGCCCGAAGGCCUUCAAGACCUCCGUCCAACUGGCUGGACAUAAGAACUCACACACUAAACCUUUCCAAUGCCAGCAUUGUAACAGGCCAUUCGCAUCACUCUACGCGGUACGAGUGCACACCGAAACACAUUCGCGACAGAACAACCUGAAGUUCGUAUGUGAUAUGUGUGGAGCGAGCUACGCUCGAGCCUUCGCCCUCAAGGACCAUAUCAAACAGGCGCACAGCCAGGAUCAGGAAUCUGAAGCGUCACCGUCACCGUCACGUAGCAUACCGGCUGAUGAAGAUUGGAUGAUAAAACACAACCCUGAUUCGCUCAACAAAGAUUUAACACAUGAAGUAAGUUAUUUUUGUUUCGUUCUAAAUUACCAUCAGAAUAAAUUGGCAUUCUUUAUUUUAUUUUUCAACUGUUUGCCCAAUUCUGGAAGUCUCGAUAGUGGUAACGACAGAAAUCAUUCCCUUCGUCCAAUUUUUUAUUAGUAGAACUUUAUUUUGAGAUAAUAUCGUUAACUAAUCUUAAGAUUCAUAACUUACUAAUUACUCAGAGAAAUUAGUAAAAUUUUCUAUGGCGCAAAAGUAACGAUAGCCUUCUCAAACCUCAUUUGGGUACCAGCGUGAUAUUUUUCUAUACUAUGACACGAUCACCAUGCAUAGUAACAUUCACACAAAACAUGAUUUUAAAUAAUAGAAAUACUUUUAUUAGUCGAUAGUGUUACGACAUUCUUUGUUCGAGCAAAGUUCUAUUACAUCAUCAGCUUACAAAUGCCCACUGCCUCUUCUCACACGGAGAAGAGUUGAGCAUUAAUCACCACGCUUGCUCAAUUCGGGUUGGCGAUUUCAAACU